AUGGCUCAGGCGAGUCAUGAGAAGACUGAUCAAGGUCAGCAGAGCAACAAGGUCAGACUUGCUGCUUCCAGCGAGGACAUCACACGUCGGCAAGAGCCCGCAAAAGACCGGAUCCCUGGGUUCUUCGAGACUGCUCACUGGACAGCUGAUGGAACCACUAUACUCACAUCAGCUUCCUCCAACCAGAUAUCGGGCUAUGUCGUCCCUCAGGAUCUCCUGGAGCACCACGACGAGCCCCUGACCCUGUCUCCGCAAAGCACCAUCAAUCUUGGGGAGACUUCCAACGUGCUGGCGUCGGCACCUUACUUCAAUCUCGCGGACCCUUACACCAACCAGCUACUAGUAUCCAGUCGUGACCAUCCUAUCCAGCUGUAUUACUUAUUUCCGCCAUCCUCCGAUGGCACCGAUAUCCCAUCCCACACUCCGGCUUCCUCAUACCCCUUAAUCAAAGCCCGGUCUGAGACGUUCUUGUCUGCCACGUCGCUGCUAUGGCCCUCUCCUGGGUCGCACUUCAUCGCGGGAUGUAGGAAUUUCAUCGCCAAAUUCGACGCCAGUCGUACAGGGGAAGAGCCCAUCUUGCGUAUCAAGACCAUCCCAUCCGAGAGACACCUGUUGAAAGGGGGCGGAGUGGGGAUGCGUGGUACCGUGUCUACUCUCGCAGCCCAGCCACCCGACCAAAAUCAUACCAGCGUGGUAGCUGCUGGAACGUGGACUCGCUGGGUCGGUCUUUACGACUUUGCUCAAGCCGGUGAAUGCAUUUCCACCUGGAGCAUUGCGGAUGCUGUCAAGGAGACCGCGCGUGGGAGUAGAGAUGGUAUUGGCGGCGACGGGAUCACCGAAACCAAGUGGAGCCCCUGUGGAAGGUACCUCCUGCUUUCAGAGAGGAAAUCACGUGGCAUCCUUGUGUACGAUGUCAGGGUCAUGGGCCAGCUGCUUGGGUGGCUGGAGGACCGUGACGCGUUGAGCAACCAACGGGUGCACUGCGAUGUCUUCCCAUCUCAAGAUGAAUUCGGUGGUUUUGAGGUCUGGUCGGGAACCACUUCUGGUGCGGUCAAAGUCUGGGAAGGGGUCGGCCAUCAUGCGGGCGCUCAACCACCAGCCUGGGAUUGGCAAGCUCAUGACUCUACGGUGGGCAGCACAUGCCUGCAUCCCACGGGGACAGUCGUUGCUACCUGCUCUGGAGCCUGGGAAUUUCCAGCCGAUGAGAGUCAGCCUACAGACCAACAACAUGAAAACGAGAGAGACGGAGGAGAUCCCCAAGAUAAAGACAAAUCAGAGACAUGGAUGCACAGAAGAAGUAAGGAAAGUACCCUGAAGAUCUGGGAUUUGAAUGUCUCCAAUGGAAUGUCAUAA